CGAAGGCGCGGUGUGAUCGCUUCAGAUGAUCAGCGUCCAGCCCGCCUUGCUGCUCGCCCUGGCCUCCCGCCCCGCCCCCUACUCGCCGGGCAGCCUGGCGGCCCCCUUCAACGCCAUCGGGCAGCCGCAAAACUUUGGAACGGGCGCCAGCCGGUUCGCCGCGGCGCGGCCGCACCCGAUGCGCAAGGGCGAAGGCGACGCCGAGACGAGGGCGCGGCGGCGGCUGCAGGCGGAGUUCCAGAGGCAGGUGCGACAGGACAGGGUCGCCAAGGCAGCUGCGGGCGAGUACGACCGCGCCGGGGCUGCCGAGGACGUGGCGCGGCUUGCGCGCUCGGCGCAGGUCGUCGUGUUUUCCUGCGAGAGCGGCGAGGAGAGCAGCAAGGCCGCGCGCCUCCUCCGCCUCGCCGGCGCAGAGCCGCGCCUCAUCGACCUUGACCCAAAGAGCGAGGAGGGUGCCGUGCGCCGUGCCGAGCUGCAUCGCCUCACGGGCUGCGCCGCGUUUCCCUCCGUCUGGAUCGGGGGCGAGAUCUAGCCGAGAUCGGGGAGAGAUCGAGAUCGGCGAGAGAUCGGCGAGGGAUGCCUGCGCCGCACGCUGCAUCUCCGCCAGCUUCGCGUCGUCAGCCGGUCGGCGCGUGUUGACACCGGAUCUGGGGAGAGCUCCUCGGGGGCUGCCUUUCGG